AUGACUGUGAACCGCGUGUCUAGAGUGGACAGUUACCCGAUACCGAAGGGAGCAGUCCUUGCACACCGUUUGGAGUCUGGAGAGGAGAAACCGAUUGCUUUCGCAUCCCGAUCCCUGAGCAUAGCUGAACGCAAGUAUGCUCAGGUAGAGAAAGAAGGUUUGGCAAUAAUAUUUGGUGUUAAGAAAUUUCAUAAUUACUUGUAUGGCCGCCAUUUUGAGAUCAUUUCAGACCAUCAGCCACUUAAAAGUCUGUUUAAUGAAACUCGCCCAGUGCCUGUGAUGGCAUCAAGUCGUAUCCAACGCUGGGCGCUAACACUAUCGGCGUAUGAAUACACUAUCACCCACAAACCAGGGAAAAAUAUAGUACAUGCUGAUGGGUUGAGUCGCCUUCCUCUCCCUGAAUUCCCCAAGGUGACUCCAGUCCCCGGUGAUGUGGUAUGCGUGUUGGAGAGACUAGACCAGACACCCGUCACGUCGAGAGAGUUAAGGCAAUGGACGGAUAAGGACUCAACACUCUCGAAGGUGCAGUUGCUAGAUGGGAGGACUGUACGACGUCAUCUCGACUAUGUGAGGAGAAGAGUAAGCAUAGAGGGCGAGACGGUUAACGCAGAUGAUGCCAUACCACCUCCCAUGGACCUCACAAAUGGAGCAGGAAUUCAGAAACAUGGUUCGGCACCGGCAGGCAGCGUGUCGCCCCUAAAGGCAGGAGUUUCGAAGCAGUCCGGAGCACACAACAGCAACGCGCCGGAUCAAAUUCAAGAACGAGAGUUAACCUCAAGUCAAGAGUUCGAACCUGGAUUGCCGCCACAACAGCAGCCGUUGGAGAGGGAAACACUGCGCCGUUCUGAGAGACUGCGCCAGAAGCCAGAUCGUUUGCAGAUAGCUUGGAAAUAAAAUGUUAGGUCUCUUGCUUCACUUGUGUUAACUAUUUUAAUUGUUGGAGUUUUGUAUUACUUUUGCUAGUUUUAGUUACUAUGUUUAUUUUGUUUUUUGUCUCGUGUUUGCGGGUUUUAGCGUUUCUUAUAACUUGUAUCGAAUAUUUUUUUUUCUAGUCUUUCUAAUUGAUAAGUUUUAGUAUCUUCUGUAUCUUUUUUAACAUUUUGGUUGUAAACUUGAUUUUAUGGUUUCUAACCUGAGUUUUUUUUAAAAAAAGGGAGGAGUGUUAUAAUUGUUACUACCAAAGUACUACUUGUCAUUCACUGCUUCAUGUAUUGGUUUAUGUAUUAGUUCAUACUAGUUGAUUUCGGAAGCUUCUCUCUGUAUGGAGCCAGUUCAGCUCCAGCCGGCAAGCGGGUAGCCGCUCCUUAAUACAUUGUUACCCCUGGA